AUGGAAACCAGCAACGACAGCGCCGGCGGGGACUUCAUCCUGGUGGGCUUCUCGGAGCGGCCCGAGCUGGAGCUGGCCCUGUCCCUCUUCGUCCUGAUGUUCUACACCGUCACGCUGGCAGGGAACACGGCCAUCAUCUCGCUGUCCGUCCUGGACACGCGCCUCCACACGCCCAUGUACUUCUUCCUCAGGAACCUGUCUGUGCUCGACCUCUGCUUCACGACCAGCAUCGUGCCCCAGAUGCUGGUGAACGUGUGGGGGCGCAACCUGCGCAUCAGCUACGCCGGCUGCAUGGCCCAGUGCUGGGUGGCCCUGGCCCUCGGCUCCACCGAGUGCGUGCUCCUGGCUGUGAUGGCCGUGGACCGCUACGUGGCAGUGUGCUGGCCGCUGCGCUACGCUGCCGUCAUGCACCCCAGGCUGUGCCACCUCCUGGCCACAGCUUCCUGGGCCUCCGGCCUCGCCAACUCCUCCCUCCAGUCCUCCAUGGCCAUGGUCCUGCCGCGGUGCGGAAACCGGCGGGUGGACCACUUCUUCUGCGAGCUGCUAAUCGUCGUCAAGCUGUCCUGCGUGGACACCGGCCCCACGGAGUCCAGGAUGCUCGUCGCCCGGCUCAUCAUCCUGGCCAUGCCUGUCUUGGUCAUCCUGCUCUCCUACGGCUGCGUGGCCAGGGCGGUGCUGAGGAUGCGCUCGGCGGAGGGGCGGAAGAAGGCCUUCGGGACCUGCGCCUCCCACCUGACGGUGGUCUCGCUCUUCUACGGGACCAUCAUGUUUCUGUACCUGCAGCCCAAGGACAACUACUCCCAGGACCAGAGCAAGGCCCUGGCCGUGCUCUACAUGGUCCUCGCGCCCACCCUCAACCCCCUCAUCUACACGCUGAGGAACAAGGACAUGAAGACGGCGGUGCGGAAGGUGAUGGGGAAGGAGCCGGCGUAG